UGCUGGAAUAAAUUAAAUUGCGGCGGCAUCGUACAGGAGGGGGAGAGAGAGAGAGAGUGAGAGAUUGAGAGAAAGAGAGACCCGAAUGCCAUUCACACGUUCCGUGCGCGGGGAGUCCAGGGGCAGCCACAGUCAGCAGCUCUCCGUGCGCCCUCCAUGCGCCCCGAGCGCGUCUCUCCAAAUCAGGAGCAGAAAUGAGUUAGGCGGACGACGGCAGCUGGCCACGCUUCUCGCAUGCGGGUGGUCCGGGCGCGUUCGCCGCAUCCAGACCGCACCAGUGCGUUAAAAUAAUCAACCCACCUGGAAGAUUUGACCCUCCUGAAGCGCCGCGUCCGCUGCGGCUCAUUCCGCUGGAGAGGACUUACAUUAUCUAUUGCGCAUCGUCGCUGGAAAUACGCCGCUGUUGGAAACGAGGAGCACGCUCCGAGGAGAUUGGAUGUCAUCCCCUGUUUCCCUCAAGUUGUGUCGCUGCCCGUGACUGUCCGUUCGUUUGCGUCUGUGGCAUCCCAUUACGAAAACAACAACACAAAAAGUCUUUUUUUCUUCUUCUUCCUUUUUCCAAAUGCUGUCCCGUCUGUGUGCCCACCCGAACCCAACUUCACGGUUCUAUCAGGGGAUUUUACGGAGACUAAUUCUAACCAGUCACGGACCACACUACUUACAGAAUAAGCAGGAUUCAUCAGGAGUGCAGGGAGAAUGAGGAGUCACCGGGGCCGGGGGAAGCAGCAUGAGUGGCCCGUGCAUCUCCAUUAGACUGGCGGCCCUCAUGUUUCUAUGGAAGUGGUUAACACUAAGCCUGCUCCUGAGCUGGUUGUCUGUAGGGGCCAGCGCUGCCGACUCUGGAGGGGCCGGCUUCAGCGGCUCCACUGGGCCCCUGGGCUGGCUCCUGUCGGACAAGGGUCCCUUUCACAGCUCGCAGGAGUUUGUCGAUUUCUCAGAGCGCUACCAGCAAGGAUUCACCACCAAGUACAAGAUAUACAGGGAGUUUGGCCGAUGGAAGGUGAACAGCUUGGCCCUGGAGAGACAGGAGAACAAUGGCUUUUCCUUGCCGUUGGACCCAGAGUUCCUCCAGACCAUUAGGCAGCUGGGCAGGAGGCCCAGUCUUAGCGCCAUCACUGACAACAUUAUCAGGAAAUACGGAACCCACUUCCUGCUCUCUGCUACACUGGGAGGGGAAGAGUCAUUAAUGAUCUUCGUGGACAAGCGGAAGUUGAGUCGCACGUCUGAAGCGGGCGAGUCUAAUGGCACGGCUGUGACGCUGGAGGCUCUGCACCAGCUGGCCGCCUCCUACUUCAUCGACAGGGAGAGCACCCUGCACAAGCUGCACCACAUCCAGAUCGCCUCCACUGCCAUCAAGGUGACCGAAACAAGGACGGGCCCUCUCGGAUGCAGUAACUAUGACAACCUCGACUCUGUCAGUUCCGUUUUGGUUCAGAGCCCUGAAAACAAGAUUCAUUUGCAAGGACUCCAGGCCAUACUGCCAGAGUAUCUGAGGGCCAGGUUUGUCCAGGCAGCUCUCAGCUACAUCGGCUGUAAUGAGGAAGGCCAGUUUGUGUGCCGGGACAAUGACUGCUGGUGCCAGUGUGCCGUCGACUAUCCACAAUGUAAUUGCCCCGAGGUGGCUCUGAGGGCAAUGGAAGCCAGUUUGCUGCAAAUCCGAGAUUCCUGGAACAUGGCCAACCAAGACUUUGAAGAGUCAGAUGAGUUUCAGAACUUCGUCCGCAGGCUUCCCACCCUCUACGCCCUGAACGCGUCCGCCAUCCAGUACUUCUGGAAGAUGGAGCCGGCGGUUCACCAGCGCUACAAGCAGCUGGAGCUCGGCGCACAGCAGCUCCUGAGCAAAGCACGACGCAUCGUCAGCAAGCUCUUCACCCUCAGCAAGAGGUGUCAAACACAGCCCAAAAUUAUUAUGCUGAGAGAGAGGCCUUUAAGCUACUGGUCGAACUACAUCCUCUCCAUCAUGUACUGCAGCGAAAACAACCACAUCGGCUCCUACCUGGAGGAGACGCGGAGCUGCUCCUGCCCCUACGAGCACCCCCCCUGCCAGGGCGUGAUCCCCUGCACCGUGGGGGAGGGCACCUCCUGCGCGUCCUGCUCCUACGAGAACCGCUCCCGCUGCGCCACCUGCAACCAGGGCUACAUGCUGAGUCAGGGCGCGUGCCGCAACGAAGUGCCGGACUCCACCGACCACUACAUCGGCUUCGAGACAGACCUGCAGGACAUGGAGCUGCGCUACCUGCUGCAGAAACGCGACAACCGCAUCAGCAUCCACGGGAUCUUCGUCAGCAACGACGUCAGGCUGAAUAACUGGUUCGACCCGUCGUGGAGGAAGAGGAUGCUGCUGACGCUGAAAAGUAAUAAAUACAAGUCAAACCAUGUCCACAUGCUCCUGGGGAUGUCUCUACAGAUCUGCCUUACCAAGAACAGCACCCUGGACCCCAUGCUGUCUGUCUAUAUCAAUCCGUUCGGGGGGAGUCACUCAGAGAGUUGGAUCAUGCCCAUUGACCAGAACAACUACCCCGACUGGGAGAGGACUAAAUUAGACCUUCCCUAUGACUGCUAUAACUGGACUUUGACUUUAGGCAACAAGUGGAAAACCUUUUUUGAGACAGUCCACUUUUACCUUCGGAGCCGGAUCCGAGGCCCCUCGAGUAACGGAAACGGAACUGUAUACUACGAACCCCUGGAGUACCUGGAACCGGGAAGAAAUCUCGGCUACAUGAAGAUCAACAGCAUCCAGGUGUACGGCUACAGUAUGCACUUCGACCCGGAGGCGAUCCAGGACUUGAUUUUACAGCUGGACUACCCAUACACUCAGGGAUCGCAGGACUCGGCCCUGCUGCAGCUGCUGGAGAUCCGGGAUCGGGUCAACAGGCUCUCCCCGCCCGGAGCCCAGCCCCUGGACCUGUUCUCCUGUCUGCUGCGGCACCGGCUCAAACUGUCCACCACAGACGUUGCCAGGAUCCAGGCAGCGCUGCAGACUUUCAGUGCCAAGCAGCCCAACUCGAUGGAAUACGAAACAACCAAAUUAUGUAGCUAGGAAGUGGCGGGCGGCCAGGCGCACAGAUGGACCGACAGUUAUCGCACAUGCCUGAUGACAGUUAAGAGCAAUUCUGGAGCCGUGCAAAGGGACAUUUGGGGGACAUUUUCAUUGUCGUCAUGAAUCUCAUGUCAGUUUUUCCUAUAAAUUUGUACAACAUCAUAGAAUUAAGGAGGAUUCUCACCAUACUUGCCUCAUAACCUAAUUAAAAAUGAUAACUUUGACAGUGGAUAAUAUAAAUUCAGAACUCUGCCAUCACUGAUAUGUUGCCCGCGUGCUGACGUUUUGUAGAUUGCACAAAUUUGAACCACUCACAUACGUAAACGAAGGCUUUUGCUCAAGAUCAAGUAUUACUCAAGCAAUGUAAUCAUCUCACAGUUACAUUUCAACACCAGCAUGUUUUGGGGUUUUAUUUGUUCGUAUUUCUUCAUCAGUUUUUAUUUUUUUUUUGGUAUUGUUGUUUUUUUGUUGUUUUUUUCCAGGUCCAAAAGUUAACAUCAGAACUUGUUUUGAUAUCACAGCCCUGCCUUUCAGCCCGGGACACGACUGGGGGGUGGGGGGCACCUCCAUUCUUUUUAGCCGUCCUUGUGAUAAAAACACUCUUUUUUUAAGGCUCUACUACACCUUUUUUAUUAAGAAACGAAUAAAUGAAAUAAAGUGAAUAAAUAGAUGCUGUAUUACUCCAGAUUUGCAGAGGAAGGACAAAAAAAAAAGUACCAUGAUCACAAUAUAUGUUACAUGUGCUUUUAUUUUUAUAAUGCUGUCGUUUGUGAAUUAAAAGUUACAAAAACACUGUCUAUAAAAUGUAAAAUACGAUUUGUUAAUACACUAAAUAAAAUACAUUUUUAUGUGUGGUCUAUA